AUGAAAGGAAACAAAGGUGAUUAUGGAGAAAUGGAAACAAUUAUUACUAACAGCUGCAACUGUGAGGCCCAGGCAGAUUGGCUUGGUAUGAAGGAGUCUAUAGAUUUAGGAACGGGUCGUAAUGUAACCAUAGGUCAACUUCCUUCUACUGGUAGUACUGUUUGUCCAAAAAGACGUAAAGUUUUAGAUGUUUGGAGUCAAUUUGCAACAUAUGUAGAAGAUAAUGGGGAGGUGAGGGUAAAGUGUAUGAUUUGUGGUAAGUCUUAUGCACAUGGUAGUUCCAGUCAUGGGACUAAGAAUAUGAGGCGCCAUAUGGAAGGUUGUCCUAAACGUACCAUUACUAGUAGUGUAGAUCAAAUGAUGAUGGAUUGUGAUACUAAAUUGAGACGUUUGAAGAUUUCUCAAGAAAUUUAUCGUGAGAAGAUGGUAAUAGGAAUCAUAAAACAUAAUUACCCAUAUUCAAUAGUGGAGCAUGAAAGAAUUAGGGAUGUCCACAUGUAUUUGAAUCAUGAAGUUAAGCAUUAUACUAGGAACCCCGUUAAGGCGGAUUGCUUAAAGAUAUAUUACAGGGAGAAGGAAAGGAAAAAGCUUGCUUUAGAGAGGGUUUCAGGUAGAAUAUGCUUGACUUCUGAUAUUUGGAGUUCUUGUACUACUGAUGGGUGUAUUUCUUUAAUGGCUCACUAUGUUGAUGAGAACUGGGAGUUACAAAGUAGAAUUCUGAAUUUUUGCCAUAUUCCUUCUCCACACUCAGGGGCUCUUUUGUUAGACAUAGUGUAUGAUUUCUUAAAAGAUUGGAGGAUUGAAAAGAAAGUCUUCUCUCUUACAUUAGACAAUGCAAUCCAAGAAGGGUUAAAGGUGAGUAGCAUGGCUUUGCAUAAAAUUCGUGAAAGUGUGAAAUAUGUUAAAGGAAGUGAGGCUAAAAGAAUGAAGUUUGGAGAACUUGUCAAACAAAUUGGUGUAAUAAGCUCAAAAGGAUUGCGAAUGGAUGUUCCCACGAGAUGGAAUUCCACUUAUUUAAUGCUUGAAAAAUGGGAUAGGGGCGAGAGGAUUUGCAAGUUCUUGCAACCAUUUUAUGAGAUCACUACUCUUUUUUCGGGUUCCCAGUACCCCACAGCAAACUUGUAUCUCAGAAAUGUGUGGAGAAUUCAAGUGCGUUUAUACGAAGAGAUGGAAAAUGAGGAUGAAGUUCUUAGUACCAUGGCAAGUCAAAUAAAAGGAAAAUUUGACAAAUAUUGGGAUUCUUAUACAGUUGUGUUAGCAAUUGCAGCAAUUCUGGACCCACGUUUCAAGUUUGAGUUUGUUGAGUUUUGUUACAAAAAAGUUGAUGGCCCAGUAGUUGCAACAAGAAAGUUGGAGUUGGUCCAGCAGGAGUUGUAUAGGCUUUUUGCUGCUUAUGAGAGUCUAAGUGGCCAUGAGGUUCCCACUGGAGAUGAUUGCGGACAAGCUAGUAAUCCUCAUAUCAUUGGAGAUGAUAUCUGUGAAUUUGACUACUACAAGAGUGACUUUAGUGCUACUAAGAAGUCCGAAUUGGAUACUUAUUUGGGAGAGGCAAGAUUUGAUCGCAUCAAAUUUUGCAAUUUGGAUGUCCUGGACCAUUGGAAGAAAAAUAGUGAUCGAUAUCCGAUACUUUCGAUGAUGGCCCGUGAUGUGAUGAGUAUACCAAUAACGACUGUUGCUUCGGAAUCCAGUUUCAGUAUUGGUAGCAAAGUGCUCAGUAAAUAUCGAAGUUCACUUUUACCGGAGAAUGCAGAGUCUUUGAUAUGCACCAGGAUAUGGAUUUCUGGAUAUGAAGUUAAAGAAGAUGAAAUUGAUGAUGCUCAGCUGGUUGUGCCAUUAAGUCAAGGGCGGGGGAAGGAGAUUGCAUAAUCAAGGGAGGCUUUGUUUGUUUAGUGUGUUUGGUACUUUGGUUAAACAAUUA